AUGUACUUCUACCUGCUCCUAAUAAAAGUAUCUUUACAAGAAAUUAUAGAUGACUGUGCUAUCUAUAAACAAGGAUUGGUUCUAUCAAUGUAUUAUCAUACAGAAUGUACUUAUUGUAUGGAAUAUGAAAAAGUGUUAAAAAUAUUAGCCAAUGAAUCUGAAAUGAAAGACAUGCUGAAAAUUCAAAAAGUAAAUUGUGGUGUUUGUGAUUGUGGACCGUCUAGUAUAAAAGGGUUUCCUACAACAAUUCUAAGAAACAAUGGUACAGAGAUCGGUAGAACGGUGGCAAUGAUGGAUUUGAAAAAAUUAAAAUCUUUUAUAUUAAAAAAAAGUGGUAAAGAAAAUGCGGGACAUAAAUUAACAAACGAAGAGGAUAGCACAAGUUCAAAAGAGGAAUUGCAUGCUAAGACUAUAAAAAUUGUACCAGGCUCUUCUGACAAUAUUUAUCCGAUACGUUAUGAUCAAGAUAUGAAACCCAUUUGUGUACCAAUAUGUGUGAGUAGAACUUGUAAUUAA